ACACUGGUGUAGGUUCCUGCCGCCCACGAUCUGACAACUAUCAGGUGCUUGGCGGAGACGCUCUUGCUGCAGGGGAUUCUGGGAUAGCUCUUCCGCGAUCUUUUCAUCAGCAGUGUUGUUCAAUUGAAAUCAUCGAUCAGUGCGAUUAGAUUGUUGUGUUGUGGGAGGAAUUCAUUUGGAAUAUCGGUGACGUUGUCACAAUGGAGCCGGCUUGAUCGAUGUUUUUGGUUUUCUCGUUUGUGGAGCAAUUCAUAAAUUCCCAAGUGUCGUUUCUCAUUUAUCUUCCAAGUAGUAUUCAGUGUUAUUGUGGUUAAUUGUUUAUUCACUAAUUGGCCCAAUUGAGCCAAUUAGUUAGCCCUGUCAAGUUCAAACGGACAGAUUCUGGAAAUAUUUUGGAGGUUGGAUAAAUUAUUCGAAAGGAUGAUCAAGUAAACGUAUUGGAAAUUUGGAUUACAGAUUCAAGAUUUCAUAUUUUGGAGUUUCCAAAUUGUCCUUGUUCAUUUCAUGGUGAGCCUGUGAAAGAUUAGUGACAUCAUUUGGAUGCUUCAGGGAUGUUUCUACACAGAAGUGUUAGAUGAGUUGAACGACAUUUAGUAGUCCCGCCCACACCAUGACAGCAAUGAGAAGAAAACUGCCUAGAUUUUCAGUGCAUUGCCAACAACCUUCGGAGGGAAGUGCUCGAGGCCGUGUAUCAGUUCUGUUGAUGGAGUUCAACCAUCUGUAGUCAACGCAAACUCUAAAGUGAAAUGUUUCAGGCAAUGCUGUUUAGACCUAAUGGAAGCAAUUUAGGGGUCCAUGGAAUGUUCUGAAAGCAAUUUCCCUUCGCGAUAUUUGAGGCAGGAGACUGACUACAAAUCAUUACAAAAGAACCUUUCACAUCAUCAUCAACGAAUGAAACUGAUUAUCCUUCUGCUGAGCAUUGGUUCUGAAUUUGAAUUUUUCAUUCAGGGAUUCUCGUUCUACUGAGUUAUUGCUGAGUGCUUUGUUUUUAUAUUUGCUGCUAUUGUGAUCGUGCUUAAAAACCUUAGGCCUGUUGAAGUUUAGGGCCCCCAGCAUAACAUGAUAAAGGAUAUAGAAACUAUUUGGCUGUUACUUGUUUUCUGUCGAUACCUGUGAUAAAACUAGACAAAAUGAACAAGAAAGUGUCUCCACCAGUUCAUGUUCCGUCUAGCCACCGUUCCCGGCUAACAAGACCUGGAGCUCAACAACUCAGUGUUGAUGUCCACCUUCAGCCACCCAGUCCAGAAUCGAGUCCCUCCCCAUCACCACGGUCAUCUCCAUCGCCAUCACCAAAGUCUGUGUCCCCAUACAGGAGUAAAACGUUUUCAUACCGGACCAUGUCAGAUUCGGUUUCGGAGGAUGACCGAAUGCUGUCGCCAAAAGAUGGCGAGCAGCGUCAGCGGCGAUCGUCGAAACCGAAACGGCAAAAACUGAAACAGAAUUCUAUACAUUUUGACGAGGAGUUUAAGAAGUCGCCGCGAUUGAUUCAGCGACGUUUGACGAUCGAUGCUACGGCGUAUGAGGAGACAAAGAAGGAGGGUGUGGAAGGAAGCGCUGGUGGCGGGAUGAAAGAGGGAUGUUCAGGUGGGGAUGCUGCGACUGCAGGGGACAAAGGAUCGGAUGCUUUUUAUGAUGCUGUGUCUGAGAGUCUCCGUGACAGGGAUAGAGGAAUGUUGGAUAAGGAUUCGCACAUUAAGAAGGGGAACAAGAACGAUGAUGGUCAUAGCGUUGAGUUGUUGGUAGUCACAGCAAAACCUAAUCUUGGACGGCCAUUCUUUGAGCCGAAUGGUGAGAAAAGUCUCACUCUCACGCCAGAGAUUCGAGCAAAGGACUCCAGGGAAGGACUCAGGUUGAGCAGGAUUCGUAGUGAUGGUGAUUUUGGUGAAGUGGGGGCCGCUGGAGGUCAAGGUCUUUCUGUGAUAGGUCAAGGUCAUAAGAAGUUGCAAAAUUCUAGGUCAGAGUCAGAUAGUAAGGAGAUUGAUGUGGAGAAGUUAUGUCAAGGUUUGCAGAAUAACAACUGUUUUUCAAAGCAUAUGGAUACAUCAAACCGCGGAUGUGAUUCCGAUUCCGAUAAGGGUAAACGAUCGCAUUUAGCGAAGCUGCACAAUCGUCAGAAAGCAGUUGAAAGUGUAGAUUAUCAGAAGGUUUCUUUGGAGGAAUUUGAAGGAGAUAGAAAUCCUAGUCCGCGGAAUAUACGUCGGGGUAUGUCGGAUAAUUCUGGCCUGGGAUGUAAAGAUGCUACACAUGUUCGGAGUAAGCGGGCGUAUACGUGUGACCCUCUCCCUCGUAUGGAGGAAGAGAUUUUCAAAAGUCGCUCGGCGGCGGCAAAAUCUGGGGCAGAGCAGUUCACAUUUGAGGAAAAAUCAGGACUGCGACCGAACCUCAGUGCGGAGGAUCUGCCAUCAGUUUCAUCGGAGGGCCCCACUGCGUCGUUUCUCCAGGAGGUCGAGGCGAUUACGAAACGGGAAAGGGGGCGCCGCCUAAGCAUUGAAGCUCCCGGGAGGUUGGAAAACCUGACUGAGGCUUUGACACCGGAACUUCGAAAGAAGCACCAUGUCCUAGGCCGGAGCAAUACGGCCGGUAACUUGUUUCGCCACCGGAAGAAAGAUGGCGCUGGCGAAAGUGAGCUAAGCAAUGGAUCUCCCCCGAAACCAAUCCGCUGGCAUUUUACAGAUCCACACCACAAGAAACGUAUCUUCAACCAGAUCUUCUCGCAGAUAACCAAGCCAAAUAUGAGUUAUGCAGUUGCUGACAGAAGUUUGCCUCUGUUUGAUCAGAAAGCUCGGAAAAAGUCAGUCGACCAAAAAACAUUGAAGAAGAAAACUCCGCGCAGCCCCUUGCCCCAGAAGAAGCUCGGCGAUGGAUCGGCCGGGAUUCAACGUGGGCGAGGGGCAAGCAAUGUCAGCAAUGAUUCGUAUCUCUCCGGCUCGAUGCUCGACGCGCAUCACCUGUCGGAGGAUGACGGCGCGAUGGAUGGGUACCACACGAACGGUGGGAGUCUGGAUAAUAUGCUGGACGAUGUUGAUAAUCAGACGUCGGACCCGAUGCGGGCAAAGAACGCCAUCGAACACCUGCAACAGAAGAUUGCACGAACACGGGAACUCAUUAAAAUGGAGCAGAUUUCUAAAGAAGAAAAUGUGAAUGAGUAUCUCAAGCUGUCCUUGAAUGCAGAUAAGCAGCAGGUGCAGCGAAUAAAAACAGUUUUCGAGAAGAAGAACAUCAAGUCGACUCAGAAUAUCACCCAACUUCAGAAGAAGUUGGAAAAUUAUCAGAAAAAAGUUCGGGAUGUGGAGCAGUACGGAGUCAUGAGUCAUAAACAGCCUCGUGAAGUACUCAGGGACAUGGGGCAGGGGUUGAAGGGUGUUGGUGCUAAUAUCCGGGAUGGAAUAACGGGCUUCUCAGGCGGUGUGGUCGACAACAUAAAAGGCGCCACAGAGACCAUUGUAUCAAAGCCAAAGGAGUUUGCGUCCUUGAUAAAAAAUAAAUUCGGGAGUGCGGACAAUAUUCGUAACCUCCCUGGGUACAUCGAGUCCAACAUUGGUUCGUCUACUUUCUAUGUAGAGUCCAUGGAGGAGAGCCAGGCUUCAACAGACGAGGGUGAGAGGAGCCACCACGGAAGUGGAACACUGCCAGCAAGGGACCACCACAGUCAUCCGCCCCUUACCCCGAUUGGCUACGGCAUCGCAGAAACCCCAAGGAUUUACUACAGUGGAUCACAUGGUAGCGCCCCCUUGCCAGCCAGUCGGGGCACCAAGCUGUGUUAUACAUUGCCCCACAGUUUUAAGUACGGCUCUGAUGACGAGGCAUCCAGCGUCACAUCCGGGUCCGGCCCAAGUGCGGGUGCCCAGAGUAGUCCGCAUCCCCAGGCGCAGAUGAUGUACGCCCCUCAAAUCAACCUGGACCCCAUAAUCAAUGAGAUGCAGGAGAAUCGCGAGGUGCAAAUGAAGCUUAGGGAAACUGUUGAAAGUUUGAAGACACAAAUGUCCACUGACUAUGCAUUUUUCAAGACGUCGUUGGAAGAAGAACGCUAUCGGUACGAACGACUCGAGGAACAGAUCAACGACUUAAUAGAAUUACAUCAGCAUGAAAUGACCAAUCUUAAACAGGAGUUAGGUAGUAUGGAAGAAAAAAUGGAAUAUCAGCUAGAGGAGAGGACACGAGAUAUCAGUGAAAUGUUAGAAAGCUGCCAGACAAGGAUUACGAAGAUGGAGUUACAACAACAGCAACAGCAACUGAUCUCAAUGGAGGGCGUUGAGAACGCCAACGCCCGCGCCCUCAUCACAAAACUCAUCAACGUCGUCUUGGCGAUAUUGGCUGUCAUCCUUGUUUUAGUCUCGACCAUUGCAAAUAUGCUAUCACCUUUUAUAACGACACGAAAUUUUAUCGGUAACCAAAUCAACAAAAUAUUCCACCGUAAAAACCGCCGCCACCCAAGGCAGUCAAGUGCGGGAAUCCGUAUCCUGAGUACCGCUCUUCUCAUCCUCGCAAUUGUGUUAUCGUAUCAGAAUUGGCCUUCAAUAGAGGGCGCCGUACAAACAGUUAUCGAAUUUUUCAAUCGGACCUUCUUUUCACAGUAGCGGCUGUUGCUCAAGCAAUGUUUUAUCAGUGGUGCCACCUUGCGUGCAGGAUGUGAACUAUUGACAGCAUUUGAUCCUGCAAUAACACUGUGAUAGCCGUAGGUUCAUCUACGGGGCGUCUCGAGAAGAAUCCGAAAUAAAAGAAAUUUCACAAUUUUUUCGAGCGAGGAGUUUGUAAGAGUUUUGGGUCUGAAAUUUAUGAGAUAUUACCCAGUUUAAAGGAAGGGUCCGAAAUGUCUUGGGUAAUUCCUAUUUAAAACAAAUAUGAGUCAGGUCUUUGAAAUGAUGUCGUCAACAGCAUUCUCCUCUUUGGAUUAAUGUGUUUUCUGGAACAUUUUGAGACGCCCUUUAUGAUGAAUUUUGGCAUAUGUUUUCAUGAAACCACUUUGGGGACGUUAGUGUAACACCCCUUCAUAACUUCAGUGGUUUCACCCAUCAGUUCAUCGGAAGAGUCCAUAAUGGAUUCGUAAGGGUGACAGAUUUAUAUAUUUUCAGUGCAAAAUAGUGUGAUUUGUUCCCACUAGGGGACGUUUUUGUGCUUCAAGUUUUUUGCCGCAUUUGAACAAAGCAAGGCAUUCGACAGUGUCGAGCAGAAUUCUGGAGGAUUGGAGGACGUAGUUCUUGUAUUAGACACUAGGAGGCGCUGAUGGAGUCUGGCCAGGACUUUGGCGAACUAAGGUUGUGCAAUCAAAAUGUGUGAUUAAUUGAUGGCUUCGCUAAUUUCACCAAAGUUGUGCAUGUUUGUCAUAAGGAAUGUCGGUUUAAAGAGUUUAACUCUGUGAACACUUAAACUCCGUUUUGGCUGUUGAAGACUAUGAGUUCACUUCUAAAAUGAAGUUUUUCGUUUGAUGUAACACGCCUCGAGCAUCACUGACUCGAGUCAGAAAUAACAUUUUCUAUGUUUUGGAGAGAUCUUUUGGUGUCUCAAAAAAACAUUAUUUUCUGUUUUUGUUUGAAAAUCUUUCUUCAAAUUUAACCAGAAAAACUCUGAGUAAGAUGUUACAUCAGACAAAAAAUAUUUUAUUUCAUCGACGGCCUAAGAAACAAAAUCACGACAUUUCGUUUAAGGGAAAUUUCCGGCCUGAAGGUUUUAAAUCUAACUAUAGUACUUACUGAUAUUUGGUGACAGCUGAUGGAUGAUGAUUUGAAUAAAAAUCCAGAAUUUCGUAGAAGACAAAAUGGUGAAUUUUAGAAUGAAUGAAAAAAUGUUGUAUGUUACAAACGAGGUCAUUUUAAAUAUCAUUAACGUCAAAUGACAAAAUAGCGCCACGCCAAGCCUAUUAUCGCCUUUAUAACGUUAUUUCCAAUAUAAUUGUUUGUAAUAAUACACAGUUGCGACAACAGGGCUAUAAUAUAUCUUCUGACGUUAAAUCAGAUUGCUGUGAAUGUAAAUAGUUAAUUGGCCUUGAGCAAUUUUAAUUAGAAAUCUGAUGGUCAUUUCAAAAUGUGUAAAUCGGUCAAAAUGAAGUAACCUGGCAGUAAAGCGUGCUAAAGACAAGCAGAGACGUUAGAUAUUUUUCACUGCAAUGAGUAAUAAAGAAUUGCUGCUCUGCAGCAAAACUCGAUCAUUGCAGCCACAGGCAAAAAAUUCCAACCUGAUGUUUAUCACCGGUCGCAUUUAUCAGUGAUACUUGUUGCAGGCAACUGCGAUGACUCAAGCAGACUGGCAAUUUUAUCUCUGCGAUAACAAUUGCUACAUGUGGUCUGCGGUGCGCUAAGGCAGAGGACACCUAGUGACCUUCAAAUAACUGCCUGGAAAUAGCCAGUUUAACCCCUUUCUUCCAGUCCUUGUUUUCCACCGAUAACAUAAACAGCUGGUCUGCUGUUGUUGUUGAAUUAUAUUUGGUUGUUGUUGUUGUUUUCAAACGUCAUGUCCUGAUUAACCCCUUAAAGGCUAAGUUCGUUGGUUGAAAAUUUGAAAUUGAAGUUUUCCAGUUCUGUGAAGUACAGUAAUUUCAACAAUGAAUAUCAAUUUCAACAAUGCAGUAGUUUAUGUUGAUAACGUUGACUGUGAGCUGCCAAUCUUAGAUUUUUUGAUUCGCAAAAAAACAAAUAUUCAUGUUUCUGUUAAAACCCUAUUGUAACUAGACACAUUUAUAAUUGAGUGAAAAUUAUUUCCUCUUGGAAGACGUUUAUAGGACACAGAAAAUAAUUUGGGGGGUUAAUAUAGGGUUAAAGGCAGAUUCAAAUUUUUUCUUGGUUUUUGCGAUUAAAAACAAAACGACCAUGAAUCCAUGAAAGCUUACAGUUUUAUUUAGGACAGAUGAAUAACUUGUGAGCACUUUUAGUUCUCGCCUCUGAAUUGCAUAAUUCUUAAUCGGUGCUGAAGAUAUGACAAUUGACGAUGGUCUGAUAUAUGUGAUUUUGUGUUUGCUCACAGACUUUUAAGUUUCGUAGAAGCUUAAGCCCCUCUUGUGAAUUCAGCUUUAAAAAAAAUUUCGACAACUAUCGAAAAAAAACGUGCUCAAGACAUGAUUAGAUACUUUCCGGGCCAGAUUAGUGAAUUUUCAAAGGAUUUUUCGAUAGAUUCUCUCUGAAGCAGUUUUAGGCGAAUUCUGAUCUGUUGGAAUGUUAUUUGCGGGAUCUUCCUCAACAAAAUUUUGAAAUCUAUUGCUCGUUGGUCAGUGUGAGCUUAGGGUCGGGACCCCCUUGGAUCUGCGCCUGAAUUCUUUGUCGGAGCUCCAGGCAGAGGCAUUGUGGUUUCUGUCUGCGUGGACCAAUCAGAGCUCUCAAAAUGUUACAGCUAAUCUGAGUUUCUGUGACAUUUAAAAAAAAUCUUCUUCAGUUUGGUAAAGUUGUGAUAUAACUGAUGGGGCUAACGUCUGCCCCUUAAUCAAAUCGUUGUUUUUACUUAAGUUAUCUCCCUAUAGAUGUCGUCUGUGUGGUAUUCGUUUCAUCUGUGAUAAUUUUAGUUUGCCGAUGGUUGGUUCGUCAAUUUCGUGUAAAAUGCUGCAGACCCCGUUAUCUUUUUGACCACGAGUUUGCCAUCCAAUAUGGCAAUGAUGACAUCAUCUGCUCGAGUUUGCCAUCCAAUAUGGCAAUGAUGACGUCAUCUGCUCGAGUUUGCCAUCCAAUAUGGCAAUGAUGAUGUCAUGUGCUCGAGUUUGCCAUCCAAAAUGGCAAGGAUGACGUCAUCUGCUCGAGUUUGCCAUCCAAUAUGGCAAUGAUGACGUCAUCUGCUCGAGUUUGCCAUCCAAAAUGGCAAUGAUGACGUCAUCUGCUCGAGUUUGCCAUCCAAUAUGGCAAUGAUGACGUCAUCUGCUCGAGUUUGCCAUCCAAUAUGGCAAUGAUGACGUCAUCUGCUCGAGUUUGCCAUCCAAUAUGGCAAUGAUGACGUCAUCUGCUCGAGUUUGCCAUCCAAUAUGGCAAUGAUGACGUCAUCUGCUCGAGUUUGCCAUCCAAUAUGGCAAUGAUGACGUCAUCUGCUCGAGUUUGCCAUCCAAUAUGGCAAUGAUGACGUCAUCUACUCGAGUUUGCCAUCCAAUAUGGCAAUGAUGACGUCAUCUACUCGUCAAAUAUAAGAUGACUUGUGCGGUAUUUAUUCACAGAUUUUGCUCAAUGCUGAAAUCCUCGGCAAGUCAUUGAUCAUUUUUAAUUCAAUACAAAUGUUGAACAUUUGCCAUAGGUGUGGCUUGGUUGAUUGCGCAAUCAUUUCAAUGUUUUUCUGUUUCUAAUGUCAUACCUUUUAAUAGCCAGUUCUGUAAAAGUCGUGAUAGUACCGUAUUUGAUUAAUCUGUGAGUUUCGUGGCCGUGAGAAAGUUUUGUGAUGUUUUGCGUUUGGUUAUGUCAACAUUCUGCUGUGUUCAUCGUUGAAACUGCCACUUAGCACUUAUAAAAUGAUUUUCUCCACUAUUCCUUAAAUGCAGCUGAGGUUAAGGGGGACUACAGACGGGAGCAGGGGGUCAAAUUUGAAGUGUCCAUGUUGGAUAAUACACUAUUGGUUAAAAAUUUUUGCGUAUUGGUCGGGUUUAAAAUAUUUCUCGUACAAUUAUGAGUAGUGAAAAUCUGAUGUGAGAUA